GUCUGCCUUUCCUCAGACAUGGCGGCAGCCACAUCUACCUUCCAACAUUCUUUUGGUCUGGGCCCUCGGGGUCCAAACCCACCGUACGGAGCUCAGCAGGCUCCAGGGCCUUCAGGAGCUUCACGUCCUGAGGAGCAACACCACAAACCUUUCUUCUACAUACAGCCCUCGCAGCCAUACAUGCCCAUGCAAAGUAUGCAGUGGCCAGUGCCAGUACCCAUGCCUGUGUCCUACAACCCAUAUGCCUACCCUGGUUUAGGUUAUGGCAUGCCAAUGAUGCCCCACUAUCAGCCAAAUCCAUAUAUGGAGCCACCUGGCUUUGUCGUACCCCAUACCCACCUCCAUUUAAUGGACUACAGACGCAUGCUCAACCCUCAGUAUUACCAGACCAUGGCCUACCAGUCCCGCAGGUUCCGCUACCAACACAACAGCCAGACCAGAGAAACGACCAGCUCUGAGGUUCAAACUGAACCGCUGCCUGCAACCCAGAGGACGAGCACUCCAGGUUCCAACGACGCCGAGGCCCCCAGUGGUCUCCCAGUUUGCAGCAGGGACAACAGCCCCAGUGCCCCCAUCAAUCAGCCACUCCUGCCAGCUUUGGCUGUGCAGACGGGGGAUCAUUCUCUGGAGCUAAAGGACAUGGCACCCUCGUCCACCACCAGGACGGCUGCAAAUGGCGGCUUUGUGAUUCAGACAGAGGAAGUGAGGAUUGAAUGCUGCACCACACCGGUGGGACUGCAACUCCUGCACUCUCAUGAGACUGCAGAAGUAUCCCACAGCUUUUCCCAAGAUGGUGUCCAGUGCAGUAGCUCCGUCCUCCAGGGUCGCAUACUGCAGGACAAGGGACUGUGCCUUCCUGCAGACGAGUCAGAGCAGGCACUCCAAGCUUGUCCUGACAUCCUGUUAGUUGGGACGCCCAGCAGCAGUGAGAAGAUCCCUGCUGUGGACGAGUCCAGGAACCAGACGGACUCUGUGACUGUCACCUCCAACUUGGGUUCCCGACUAGCAGCUUAUUGUGACGAUGAGAUGAGCAGUGAGAAAGAGCUAAAUACGACAUCGAACUUUAAAGUCGUUCACUUGCCCUUUGACCCCGAGUACCUGGAUGAGCUGUGGAAGAUGGAAUCCACUGUCUGGUCAAUGGAGGAAACCUUGAUUCCCUCCCCUGAAUCGCUGAUCCUAAAUGGCCGCACAGAGUAUCAUAAUGAAUCUCUGGCUGGUGUAGUUGGAGUGCCCUCAGCAGAUGUGCUGAUGGAGAGAGAGGAGGCUCCUACAGAAGAGUUUCUUCCCAUGACUGAGAUGCCUUCUCUGGCACAGGAUGAACAGAAGGACAUGGCCCCCACUGGGGAGAAGGGUCCUGGGCAUGAGAUUGUGUCUGAAGCUGAUAUGUGCCCUGUGAUUCCUGUUGCAGAGAAAACUCCAAUGACUGAGUUGACACACGAAGCAGAGGUGGCUCUUGCACCUAAUUUGCCGUUGUUGGAUAAUUCCCCUCCAAAGGCAGAUAGGAACCAACAUAGACGAGAAACGGAUGUCCAGCAUCAACAGGACACUUCAUUCGAAUCAUUGCCCUCCUACCUCCCCUCAACCAACUGGAUGGCUGACUUUGAUAAUGUCCACUAUUGUAGUAAGAUACCCCCAACUCCCAAAAAGCAGGACAGACCUCUCGGCAGCUGUGGGUUAGAUGUGCCUACAAGGAGAAGAAAACUAGAACCAGAGUACAAAGAACAACAUACCGUUCGCAAGCCAAAAGACGGGUACAAACUGAAAGGGAAGGUGGAUCGGCGAAGCCUCUCUGACCACGAAUGCUGUCUUAACAGAAAUUUCAAUGAGAAUGCAUAUACUUAUGCGUCCAAGAGGGAGCGACUUUGCUCCAGAUGUGUGGCGAAGAGCAGCGUCUGCAUGUCUGCCAGUCCAGGACCCGAUGGUCGCACCUUAAAAAGAAAAGCUGCUCUUGUCCAACAGUGGAAUGACGCACUCUUACCGACAUGUGAAGCCUGUAAGUCUCACUCCAAGAAACGACUGAUGAGAAAAGGUUCCGGUCCUGAUGUCUGUGGGCCUCAUCAUGGACACGACACCGAGGGAGAAUCUUCUGAAAACGGCUCAUGUCGCCUUGGCUCAAAAUGGAGGGCAGUUGAUCAUCCCGGGAAGCUCAACAAUCUCAAGAGGCCACUGGCCUCCAAGCAAAAUGUUGAAAAAUGUCCUGCAGCGAUGCACCCAAAGCUGAGGGAAAAGAACUGUGUGUGUAAUGAGCCGCAGCAUCAGUCUGUUGCAUGGGAGAGGCUGCGGCACUGUCCCCACGGCAACGCCAUCCGAGAGAUGGAUGAGAACUGCGCCAUGCCGGUUUCCCUCCAGGACAAAUGGAGAAUAAUGGAUCAGAUUUACCUGACACACAGGUGGCCAACUGGAGGGAAGUCGUGGAAAGCAGUGAUGCCUGACGGUGACGGCUUCAAGAACGAAGCCAGAUCAACACAUUUUAAUAAUCACAAGAAAUCGCAACCACAAUCACAAGGAACUCGUAGAAAUGACACAAGAUGCUGAUUUUGCACAAGAGCACGAUUCUACAAAGGGAAAACCGCACUUUAUUUUUAAAAACAAUGAUGUACACUUAAUUUAACAGAUUUUCACCUAAAUGUAUUGUAUAAAUGUAUUGUAUAAUAAAUCACAAUGUUCACUAUUUAUUAACAUUAAAAUAACCACAGAUUUAUGAUA